AUGUUGGAGAUGCAGCAGCGGCAGCUGCAGCUCUUGGAGUCCAUGGCCAAGACCAAGGCGUCAGGUACAGAGGAGCCAGAGGCAGUACCGCAAGCCACUGAGCCGCUGCAGGAGCAAGUCUCAGGUUUGCGAGAUGCCGUCGUUCAGCAGUCCCAGAUGCUGCACCAUUUCCUGGCACGUGUUGACGACGGCACCACGCAGGCUGAGGUGCCUGCGCAUUCUCGUGCUGCCUCAAAGGUGGUGCACCAACUUGGCCAUCUCCAAGUCAUCGAGGAGCAGUUGCUGGAUUUGAAGGCCGACGGGAGCAGCGCUCGUGGCAAGGAUGCACACCAGGUCUAUAGGGAGCUGCUGCUCUUGCAAGAUCUGCAACGACAACUGCAGGAUCUGGGCACAUCCGAGGCCUCCUCGCAUCGAGGCGCGGCUCCCCAAGAGACCUUGCCAUCCCCGUGUCCCCGAUUUGGUGCAGGCGUCAGUGCUGAUGCGGUACAGUGGGGUGACUUGCAGCUGCAGCUGCAUGAACAGCUGCUGGGCGGAUGCGCGGAUGGGGUUGGAAACGCUGCGGCAGAAGCAGCGCAGCCAAACACUGGAGGUCAAGAGUCCCGAGGCAGAGUUCAUGAAGCGACAGCAGGAUUCCCUGGCCGAACGUCUCAUGUCGGCGGGCUUCAUUGCAGACCUGGGUGUCUCAGGGAGUACGCGAGCACCAGCAUCGCCUUCGAGGACACGGCAAGACUCAGAAGACACGGAACAAGUGCGCGACUCUGA